AUGUGGAGGAGGAUCUGGAGCUCUGACUUUUGCUGGUUCCUCCCCUGCAGGGAUCAGCAGAUUCCCUCGGAGAGCUCGCCCAUCACCUGCAGCCUUCGCCGCGUGCACACCACGCCCAACACCAUCACCAACCUCAGCGUGCCCAGCGUGCCAGUGCCCACCGAGUGCCUGGUCUGCUCGGAGCUGGCCUUGCUCAUCCACUUCUUCCCGUGCCAGCACAGCAUUGUGUGCGAAGAGUGCUCCAGGAGGAUGAAGAAGUGCAUCAAAUGUCAAGUGACGAUAACCAAAAAGCUGAAACAAGGUACGGCCUGCCUGAAAAAACUCUAUGUCCUGAAAUACUCCCAGAUAGUUUUAUUUAGAAUAAUUGGUUUUGUUUCUAUUUUGCUGCUGCUUGGGGCUGUGGGGAGGGUCCUACACACUGUGUAAAAAUCAGCAGAAGUG